AUGAAGUAUCCUCCUGGCCCUCAGAGUAAAUCUCUGUUAGAUAUGGAAGUAGCUAACUACUGUGAAGGUCUGGAUCCCUCAUACAGCACACUAGGCUUUGAGAAUGCUGAGGUGCUCUAUGGAGGGGGAGACAGCAUGCCAGCAGAACCUAGUCUCCCAGGGCCGGACGGGGUUAAUAGUAACUGUGCGAUCUGUGGAGACAAAGCCACAGGGAAACACUAUGGGGCAUCCAGCUGUGACGGCUGUAAGGGCUUCUUCAGACGCUCCAUACGCAAGAGCCACGUAUACACCUGCAGGUUCAGCAGACAGUGCAUUGUGGAUAAGGAUAAGAGGAACCAGUGUCGCUUCUGCAGACUCAACAAGUGCUUCAGGGCUGGAAUGAAAAAAGAAGCUGUGCAGAAUGAAAGAGACCGCAUCAGUUCCCGCAGGAGCAACCCUGACUCCCAAGACCUGCCACCCAUCACUGUCCUGGCCCAAGCAGAGUCACUGUCCCAACAGAUCACUAGUCCAACAGGUAUAUCAGAUGUGUCAGAACAGAAAUCAGCCUCAGUUGGAGAUGUAUGUGACUCUAUGCGACAGCAGCUAUUAGUCUUGGUGGAAUGGGCCAAAUACAUUCCUGCCUUUGGAGAACUGCCACUUGAUGACCAGGUGAGCUUGCUCAGGGCUCAUGCAGGUGAGCACCUUUUGCUCGGGGUCGCCAAGAGGUCGAUGCCAUAUAAAGACUUCCUGCUUUUAGGUAAUGGCUGUGUGAUCCAGAAGAACAGUCCUGAGCCGGAGAUCUGCCGGGUGGCCAACCGGGUGCUGGACGAGCUGGUCCAGCCCUUCCAGGAUAUUCAGAUUGACGACAACGAGUACGCAGCACUCAAAGCUAUCGUCUUCUUUGACCCAGAUGCAAAAUCUUUGCGGGACCCAUCGAAAAUCAAGGCCAUGCGUCUGCAGAUCCAGAUGAGCCUGGAAGAUUACAUUAAUGACCGUCAGUAUGACUCCAGGGGUCGUUUUGGAGAGCUUCUGCUCCUGCUGCCCACCCUGCAGAGCAUCACAUGGCAGAUGAUCGAACAGCUCCAGUUCAUUAAGCUCUGUGGCCUGGCCAAGAUAGACAACCUGCUGCAUGAGAUGCUGCUGGGAGGCCUCACUUCUGACCCCACCCACUUGCACCACCCAGCCCACACCCAGCUGGCUCAGGACCCCUUGACUGGACACACACUGGUCAUCAGUGCAAUGCCGGUCACACACACUCCGCAGAUAGCCUCCCCAGACACCCCCAUCCCAUCUCCCCCUCAGGGUCCCGGCCCGGAGAUGUACAAAGCCUUCCCGCAGCCUCUUGGUCCUCCGGCCAGCCCCUCACCUCCUGCACAGACACACCCCUGA